AUGAAGUUCGCUCUUCUUUCAGUGCUUGUUGGAAUGUGUUCAGCGGUUAGCUACAUUUCAACCACUCCAUCUUACAACAACAACUACAAUAAUUACCGUUCUUGCUCCAGCUCAUACGAUUGCCAAAGUGGGCAGGUAUGCUCAAACGGGCAAUGCAUGAACAGCUUGAGCUAUAAUGGUGGAAUUAACACUUACAACAACAACUACGAUAUGAACACCCAAUACGGAAACCAGUACAACAGCGGUUCUGGAAAAUAUUGCACUACCUCGUAUUCAUGCAGUUCAAAUGAAAUUUGCCAGAAUAAUCGAUGCGUUAGCAAUAUGGCCAAUAACAACUACUAUAUGUCGUCGCAGUAUUCAACUCAAUACAAUCCAUCUUACCAGAAUUCUGGAUAUUCUACUUCCUGUCGUUAUUCGACAGACUGCCCUAGCGGCCAAAUGUGCUCUAACGGUUACUGUGUGGCUACAUAUGGAACCAAUUAUAAUAACCAAAUGUAUAGCCCUGGUGGUAAUACCUACUGCACAUCGAACAAUUCUUGUGGAUAUAACCAACGCUGCGUUAACAACAUGUGCCAAUCUUCCAAUAUGAAUGUGAUGUACAAUUCGAAUGGAUUCAAUAACAAUGGAAACUAUGCGCAAACCCGAUGCACCUACAACAGCGAUUGUGGAAGCGGAAGAUACUGCACAUCUGGAUACUGCACAACGUACAAAAAAUAA